UAGUAUGGCGAGGAAGAACAAGAGCGGAAAGAAAAACAAGAGCAAGAACUCGAGCCCGGCCACUCCUGCCGCCUCGGUCAGUCGCAACAGCCCUGAGCCCGCUGCGAAGCCGGCAGCUGUGGCUUCAAUUGAUCCAGUGCAGCAUGUGGCACCCGCCAGCGCUGUGCCUGAGCAUGGUAAGUGUAGCGCGGUAUAUCUGGCAUUACGAUGAGAUAGCCAGAGUGCCUUUUUUGUGCCGAUCUCCUUCUGAAAAGCGCGAGUCUAAAAAGUAUUUCAUGUGCCAUCUGUACGACCAGGACGCUUAUCACCUAUAGUGUCUGAGGAGCAAGCCAAGACCGAAGAGGCUCCGG